AUGCUUUAUGCUCGAAGCCUAUGUACAAGUUUAGCCUGCGUUCUGAAAAACAUGAAUAAACGCGAAAGAAAGAAUGCUAAAAAGGCUGCAGCUAAAGCUAUAUUGACUAAGAAACGACAAGAGAAGAAACGAUUAGCGACUGACUUUGUGCAUUACGAAAAUUCUAGCAUCAGUGACUACUACAUUGAUGGGAUAUUUAGAAAGGUUUUCCCCUAUCAUUUCGUCUUCAAAGCUUAUGCAAAGGACAGGUGGAUUAAUCGUAAGCUCCGUGAUGUCCUGCAGUCUGAAUUUAAUAAUAAUUCUGAUGAAGUAAUCGCACAGAAAUGUGAAUCAGGUGAAAUCCUGGUAAAUAAUGCGAAAGUUGACCCUGACUAUGUUAUAAAUGACAGUGAUCUCCUUUCUCAAAAGGAUUAUGGUCUUCGUCCUCUACGAUUUACCCACCGCCUUGAUAGAAUGACUUCUGGAUUACUUUUAAUCGCCAAGAACUACGACACAUCUGUACGUCUGCAAUCACAAAUUAGUAGUAAGGAGGUUGCAAAAUAUUAUAUAUGUCAUGUCGAAGGCUGUUUCCCAACCGAACCAAUCAAUCAAUGUACUGGCUUUGAGAUAAACAAUGGAGUAGUGGUUUGUAGCCAACCUGUCGGGCCUAUCAGUCGUAGAAUGGGUGUACAUGGCGUUGUACCAGAAUCAGCUGGUGGGAAGUUCGCUCGGACACAUUUCUUACGCUUAAACUACAAUUCUGUCACGAAUACAAGUCUAGUCAUAUGUCGUCUAUUCACUGGGCGUACACAUCAAAUCCGAGUACAUGUGCAGUACUUAGGUUAUCCGAUUGUUGAUGAUCCCCUAUACAAUUCAGCUGAUUGGGGUGAAUUAAAAGGGAAAGGUGCUAAUUAUGGAAUGACUCUAGAAGAAGUUGUCCAAAGAUUGAGUGAUUCUCGUAACAGGGAAAAGUACAGAAUCCAAGAGACCGAUGAAAAGUUGGAAAGUUCUCUUGAUCCAAAUGUAUUAGAGCGUCUGCAAUUGUGUAAAGAUCCCUUAUGCCCUGAUUGCAAGCUUACUUUCAAGGAUCCAAAAAUGAAUAACUUAAUACUACGACUGCACGCUUAUCGUUAUAGUGGAUCUGAUUGGUGCUAUUCUGCACCUUUACCCAGUUGGGUUAUAAAUGAGAAUGUACCAGACUUGCAUGGUGCAAUAGAAGAGGCAAUGAAACAGUUAUAA